GAAGAAAGUAUGGGAUGGAGUAAGAACGACAAAAGUAAUGUCGUUUUGGAUGGGAUGGGAGAAAGGGGAAAGGAGGAACAGUAAACCCUCUCUCGUUUCUUCAAUCCAAUGUCGUCGUCGUCGUCAGUGAAGUCCGUAGGAGCGGAUCGUGAAGAGCGAAACUGGAAGGAUCUUCCGCGAGACGUGCUAUGUACCAUUUUCCAGAAGCUCGGCGCAAUCGAAACCCUCAUGCGCGCCCAGCACGGGUCCUCUGUAUGGCGCACCAUCUCGAAGGACCCUCUCCUGUGGUGCACCAUCGACAUGAGCAAUUCUGGCGACAUGGACUUGCAGUUAGGGAUCAUUUGCCGCCGCGCAAUUGACUACAGCUGCGGCCACCUGCUCCGUAUCAACAUCGAGCAUUUCGGCACCGAUGAUCUCCUACGCCACAUCACCGAUUCACUUGAGAAAAAUAUGAGAAAAGGAACUUAGAAUAUCUUAUCUUGGAUCUCUCUUUAGAUUCAUAUUCAUAUAGAGAGAGAUAUGUAGCUUGCAACACAAGUACAAGGAUGGACAAAAAGCUACAAAAUAAUACCCAGUAGCUAUGAAGGUAAUCUUUAUCAAUUUAUAAAUGUCAGAUUUUUACUUGUAGUAAAUCUGAAAACAGGCUGUUCUACAGACUCAAUUUUUACCUAUAUUUUUACUCCUGACAUAAGAUUGUCUUUUGUUGACCCGAUCGGUUUUUGCACAUUGGAUAUGUGAUAUUGUUCAUUGAUACACGUUUAAGAGUCGAUGAAGGAAUAAUACCCAAUGGUGCCACGAAAAAGCAAGGUUUGGUUGUUUGACGAAAAUGUUGGUUGGACACACCGUCGAUCUCGUCUUUCCUGUAUUUUAAAACCAUUUUUAUAUUGAUCUUAUACUUUAUCAUUAGUUGGCUUCAUCUUCACCGUUAUCGGGAACCUCCUUAAAGAGGGCAUUUGAUGCAAUUUAUUUAAGGAUGGCAAAAAGAUCAAGUUCCGUGGGUCAGUCCAUUAAUUUGGCAAAAAAUGGCCAAAUGGCUGGUCGAGACAGUAUUUUUAAUUCAGGAGUCUGAACCAACUUGACGCCCCAACUCAACCUGUCCUUGUCUUUUUGGUUUUGUUAUUGUUGAAUUGAAGAAUUUCUAUUAUUUUAUGAUUUGUGUUUCUGC